AUGAAAUAAAGACCAACCACAGCGAAAGUUCCAAAAACCAUUGAUUAAAGGGAAAUACAAUAGCUUCAUGAUUUAGAUAGUAAUUUAGUGGUUAGAAUCUAGGUCGUUAAUAUUAAUUAAUCGGUAGCAAUCUUUCCCAAUUUACAAUUUUGAAUGAAUUGGGAAAGGGUUCCUAUGGAGUGGUUUAUAAGGUGAAAUCUAGUAUGGAUGGGAACACCUAUGUUCUCAAGAAGAUCAACCUGACUCAUCUGAAGCCAAAGCAUCAAGGUAUGUGUGUUUCAUAUUAAAAGCUGAGGCACUCAAAGAGGCAUAACUUCUGAGGAAACUGAAACAUCCGAAUGUCAUAACAUACUACAUGAGUUUUAUUGAGCAGGACAAUCUUUGCAUCAUUAUGGAGUAUGCCGAAGGAGGAGACCUUUAGAAAGUAGUCAUGAAUAACCUAUUUAGUUGCUAAAAGAUUAUAAGGAGAGAAGGAAAUUUAUGCAAGAGGAAACCAUUUGGGAGAUGAGCAGGGAACUUAGUUCAGCAUUGUAGCAUCUGCAUGAAAACAACAUCAUUCACAGGGAUAUCAAAACACUCAACGUCUUUCUAACAAAGGAUAAACAUGUGAAAUUGGGAGAUCUGGGAGUAUCCAAAAUAUUCAAUUCUGACACUGCACUCCAAGGCACUCGAGUGGGCACUCCCUUGUAUCUGUCCCCAGAGCUUGUUUAGCAUUAGCCCUACGAUUAUAAGGUUGAUAUCUGGGCUUUGGGAUGUGUAGUAUUUUACAUGGCAGCUUUGGAGCCUCCCUUUUAGGGUGAAAAUUUGAUUGCCUUGGGAUAUAGUAUAGUUAAUAGAGCACCAAAAGCAUUGCCUCCUCAGUACUCGACAAGUACAAUAUGUUUUAGUAAAUUAUGAAAGGACUCAGCCAGUUCAUUUGGAAACUGCUUGAGAAGAUUCCAGCCUUGAGACCCAGCAUAUAAGAAGUCAAUACAAUAUAUUUCCAAUAAAGGAGUCAGCCAUAGAGAAUUUCAUAGUAGAUUUUAUUAAUUACAUAGACAACUUGAUGAUGCAUUGCCUUAGAUGUAAUAUCAAUAGCACUAAUAAUAAAGGCCAUAAACCUCAAAUCCCAAAUCGUAUGCAAUGCAAGCCUAGGAGACUGAAAAGAUGAAGAAAACCAGGAAACCACAACAGCAAGACUUAAUUAGUAAUGGGUCAGAUACCAUCUACAUGGGAGAUGUCAUAGAUGUAACUCAGAAGUAGAUAGAAAAUGAGCAAAUAUCUAGAGCCUAACAAUACCAGCAGUUAUUGAAGGAUCAAUAGGAGAAAUUAGAGAAGGAAAGACUUGAAAGGGAGAGGAUAGACAGAGAGCGGUAAGAGAGAAUGGAUAAGGAGAGAUAGGAACGAUUGGAGAAGGAGAAAUAAGAAAGAUUGGAAAGGCAAGAGAGACUUGAAAGAGAGAAAAUGUAGAAAUUGGAGAAGGAGAGAUAACUAAAAGAACAAUAGGAAUAGGAAAAGUUAAAGCAAUUAGAACAAUAAGAAUAAAAACAUACUCAAUAAUAAUAGGUCUUAAAGAUUCAGUCUAAUCAUGUUGAACUCUACAUUCAAGACAUAGAUGACAAAUAAUUUUAGGAAGAGAGGAAGAAUUCUUUUUCAAUAGAAUAAGGACCUAAAUUCAAACUUGAAAUUAAACACUCUAAACCAUAAAAUACUUAUAAAUCAAAUGUGCAGAUCAGACCCUUAUCAGCAUAAGCAAGAGGAUCAUCGAUUGCUAAUAUUUCCUGCAGGGCUAAAUUGAUUCCUGUUCAGUAAAAUUAAUCAGUCAAGGAAGUCAAAAAGUUCACGAUCUUAGAUUUGAAUCCUAAUUCUACUUAACCAUCUAUGCAUUAGGAUAUACCUUUAUAGCAGGAACCUUACAUCAAGUAUCCAAAUACUAAUGGGGGUUAAAAUACUGUAAUUAACAAUGUUAAUAAUAUUGUUAAUAAUUAACCCAAUAAAACUAAAGAAAAUAUUCGCAUAAAAAGUGCGCUUAUUUAAUAAUACUCAAAUAAAAGAUAACAACAAGAUCAACAGUCAAAUUAAAUUGUGAAACAUUAUACAUUAAAGGAUUUGGUAGAAUCGUGA